AUGUUGCAGUGCUUAGAGGGACUUAAGUCUUUAUUUGCUUCCAUAUUGAAAUGUUGUGAUCUGGACAUAUAUAACCAGCCAAGAGGCCUUGAAGAUCCAGAACUCCUUGCUAGAGAGACAGUGUUCAGUGUUAGUGAAAUAGAAGCACUUUACGAGCUCUUCAAAAAGAUCAGCAGUGCUGUUAUUGAUGAUGGGUUGAUUAACAAGGAAGAGUUUCAGUUGGCAUUGUUCAAGACAAAUAAAAAAGAAAGUCUAUUUGCUGAUCGGGUAUUUGAUUUAUUUGACACAAAGCACAAUGGGAUACUGGGUUUUGAAGAGUUUGCGCGCGCUCUUUCUGUUUUCCAUCCAAAUGCCCCUAUUGAUGAUAAGAUUGAAUUUUCCUUUCAACUCUAUGAUCUCAAGCAGCAGGGUUUUAUAGAAAGGCAAGAGGUGAAGCAAAUGGUAGUUGCUACACUUGCUGAAUCUGGGAUGAACCUAUCAGAUGAUGUUAUAGAAAGUAUAAUUGACAAGACCUUUGAGGAAGCAGAUACAAAACAUGAUGGCAAGAUUGACAAGGAAGAAUGGAGAAACCUUGUUUUGCGUCAUCCAUCACUUCUGAAGAACAUGACUCUUCAAUAUCUCAAGGACAUUACCACAACAUUCCCAAGCUUUGUAUUCCAUUCACAAGUAGACGACACUUGA